CUCACAAGCCAAUCCUUUGUGUAGGUGCUCAACCCUAGUAAGCCGCAAUGGUGAAGUACUCAAGGGAGCCUGACAAUCCAACUAAGUCUUGCAAGGCUAGAGGCGCCGACCUUAGGGUUCAUUUUAAGAACACAAGGGAAACUGCCUUUGCAAUCAGGAAGUUGCCCUUGGUCAAGGCUAAAAGGUACUUGGAAGAUGUUCUUGCCCACAAGCAGGCAAUUCCAUUCAGACGUUUUUGUCGAGGUGUUGGAAGGACAGCCCAGGCUAAGAAUAGACACUCUAAUGGCCAAGGACGGUGGCCUGUCAAGUCAGCAAAAUUCAUUCUUGAUUUGCUCAAAAAUGCUGAGAGCAAUGCUGAAGUGAAAGGUUUGGAUGUUGAUGCACUGUACAUUUCGCAUAUCCAAGUCAAUCAAGCACAGAAGCAAAGACGCCGAACAUACCGAGCCCAUGGAAGAAUCAAUCCUUAUAUGUCAUCUCCGUGCCACAUAGAGUUAAUAUUAUCUGAAAAAGAAGAAGAUUUUAUUUCAUUUGCCACACCAAAUACAAGAGUAUGA